GUGAAUACACUGCGUUCUAAAACCAGGUUAAGCUCCAUCUCCGCAGGCAAGAGCCGCCGCUUCGUGCCGCCAUCGUCAGUGUGAAAAUGCCUCUUUCGGAAGACGAGAUUACAAGAUUAGUCAGGAUCCGAAAUACAGUGAUGCAAAUGCUGAAAGACAGGGGCUACAUUGUGCUAGACUCUGAGUUAGGAAUGUCAAAACUAAAGUUCAUUCAGAAAUAUGGGGAGAACAUGAAAAGAGAGGACCUUGUAAUUCAAAAGACAUUACGCAAUGACAAUUCUGAUCAGAUAUAUGUUUUCUUCCCUGAGGAGGCAAAGGUUGGUGUUAAGACAAUGAAAACUUACACAAAUCGCAUGAAAUCAGAGAAUGUUUUUCGGGCAAUAUUGGUUGUCCAACAGAAUUUAACUCCCUUUGCUCGAACAUGCAUAAGUGAAAUAUCUACAAAGUUCCACUUGGAGGUUUUCCAGGAGGCAGAGUUGUUAGUCAACAUAAAAGAGCAUGAACUUGUUCCUGAGCACCAGCUGCUCACACCAGAGGAAAAGAAGACCUUGCUGGAGAGAUAUACUGUCAAAGAAACACAGCUCCCUCGUAUCCAGGUGACUGAUCCAGUGGCCAGAUACUAUGGGCUAAAGCGUGGACAAGUUGUGAAAAUAAUCAGACCGAGUGAGACUGCAGGGCGGUAUGUCACUUAUCGAUAUGUUGUUUGAACGUGGUCAUCUGGCACUAUUGCUGCUGAAAUUUAGACAAGACAGCAACGAGAUUUCUUUCGGAACCCAAAGGAUUUCCUGCAGUCAGUUUGGUUUUUAUAGUCUGUGUUAUGUGUCUUUUCUGAUGCAAAUGUGCAAUAGAACUCUUGAGGUGCUAUAAUUGGUUCUUAGGAAAGUUCUUUUUAGAUGGACUGUAUAAUGUUGUAAUGUUACUGAUGAUUGGCUACAUUGGUAGUCCAUAUGAUGAUCAUGGGAUGUGGGUUGAUAAUGAAAGUGAUAUUGGAGGAGUGAUGGUUGAGUAUUUUCGAAA